GCAUCUACACCACCAACAACCCAUUUUCUUCCAACUUUUCUGUCUCUAUAUCGGCAUUGUUAUUGUGCUUAGGUCGUCUCUUUUAAUCUUUACAUCAACAACCCCAUCCACAACACAACCACACACACACCGUCAAGAUGCCCAAGUCCAAGAGACAGAAGGUGUACAACCUCACCCAGGUCACCAAGAAGAACCGCGAGCAGAAGGAGAAGCUCUUCGAGAACAUCAGAGAAUGCAUCCCCAACUACCAGCACUGCUUCGUCUUCAGCAUCGAUAACAUGCGCAACAACUACCUGAAGGACGUCAGAAAGGAGCUGAACGACUGCCGCAUCUUCUUCGGCAAGACCAAGCUCACCGCCCGCGCCCUCGGCACCACCCCCGAGGACGCCCAAGCCGACGGGCUCGACAAGCUCUCCAAGUACCUCGCCGGCUCCGUCGGCCUCAUCUUCACCAACCGGGACCCCAGCGAGAUCAAGGACUACUUCGUCAACCUGACACAAGUCGACUUUGCGCGCGCCGGCUCCGUCGCCACGCGCACCAUCACCAUCCCCUCCGGUCCCCUGUUUUCGACCGGUGGCGAGGUCCCCGCCGAGCACGACGUGCCCGUCUCCCACACGCUCGAGCCCGAGCUCCGCCGCUUGGGCAUGCCCACCCGCAUGGUCAAGGGCAAGGUCUGCCUCGGCGACGAGCAAGGCGAGGGCGACGAUUACGUUAUCUGCAAGGAGGGCGAGACGCUGGACUCGAGGCAGACGAGGCUGCUGAAGCUGUUCAGCAUCUGCUUGAGCGAGUUCCGCGUCAAGUUGUUGGCGUACUGGAGCGCGGCGAGCGGGGAGGUUACCGAGUUGGAGAAGCCUGGUGAGGCGGCGGCUGCUGGUGCUGAGGAGAUGGAGGAGGAUGAUGAGUAAGGGGUGUCCAGAUUCUUAAGCUUAUACCUUGGGGCAUGAAGGAGUGAGAGUGGUUGGUUGAUGAGACGGUUGGCCUUGCCGUGCAAUGGGUUCCACAACAACGCACGACCACUAACGAAAAGGGAGCCAUGCAGACAAAGGCUGCAUAUGAGGGGGGAAUAUGAAGGGGGCCGGUUAUUUUUUGCAACGUCAUUUUCUCGGUUUUUACUACUUUUGCUCGUCAUUCCGUGUUUUACAUAGGGAAAGGUUACGAUGAUACCAUCUUGUAUGGCUACUUCUGGGGACAUAAAACCGGUCAUCUUAGUUUAUGUAUUACCAGGCGUAUUGAGAGAUAGGGGGCAAAAGCUCCCGAAUAAAAGGGCUAUAAAGACAUAUAUCUUCCUGUGUGUAAACUGCCUCUGUGUGGUGCUUGUCAC